AUGGAAGUAGCUGUGGUUUUUCAUCUUUGAUCAUCUAAUAAAAACAAAGAUUUUAUCAAGCCUCAGUUGUGCAGUACUACAAUAAAUUCACAGAAAUUGACAUAUAAGAAGCGAUUUUUUGCGUAUAAGUGUUUCAUAAUUAUUUUAUUGUGUAUAUGCAAAAUGGAAUUUAUUUCAUUCAAAAUUUUUGUGAUCGUGUUAGAAGCGUCUACACUUACUUUGGCUUACUCUAUAAACGAUACAAAGGAUCUACUGACUGACUUAUUUACUAGCAACUCAUACAACAAGAAAGUUCGACCCAUUAAAGACCAGGACAAAGAAGUCAAUGUAACCAUUUCUUUUCAUAUAAGCGCUAUAACUCAGUUCGAUGAACAAGAGGAAAGUCUGACCACCGCCGGAUUUCUAAGAGUCGAAUGGGUAGACGAAAUGUUGGCAUGGAAAGAAGCGGACCACAACGGUAUUGUCCGACUUAUAAUGCCACAAGAUGAUAUAUGGAAACCAGAUAUUUCCCUUCGAAAUUCAUUCAGCUCUUUCAAAGGUCUUGGUUCCCCGUAUUUCAAUGCCUGGGUAGUUGAUAGUGGAUAUGUGCAAUGGGAACCAUUCCAGAUAUUCAAAUCGACAUGUUCCGUAGAUAUAACAUAUUUCCCUUACGACUCGCAGACAUGUGAGAUGAAAUUCACUGCAUGGAGUUACACACCUACAGAUGUCAAUUUCCUGUCAUCAACUGGAAUAAGUAAGACAGAUUAUUUGGAGAGCUCAACGUGGGACCUUGCCAGUACAUCAACAAAGGUUUUAAAUGUGAACACGCCGACAAUUAUAUUCACGUUGAAACUAAACAGGAAGCCCCUCUUCUACGUGCUAAACAUGAUCGUUCCAGUUAUAUUACUAUCAGUUAUGAACAUAUUUACGUUUGCACUUCCGGUCAAAUCCGGAGAAAGGGCUUCGUAUGCAGUGACACUUUUCCUAUCAAUUUCCGUCUUUCUUACUAUCAUCGCCUCAGAAUUUCCCAAGAAUUCAGACAACCUCUCAAUCCUAGCACUGUAUUUAAUUCUUAUGACUAGUGUGUCCACGAUCUUUGUUCUUGUCUCUGUUUUGCAAAUUCGUCUAGUAAACAGGGACGAGGAAAACAUGGUGAUUGGCACGUUUUACAAAUUGCUCCUUCGACUUGUGACCGUUUUGAAAUGUAACACAUGUAAUGGUAGGAAGAAAAGAAUUGAUGCCACUGGAGAGAGUACUGACGCAAGAAGUUCUGAUAUCCUCGAGCAGCCCGAAGCAGAAGCAGAAGUCACGUGGUCAGAUGUGGUACACGCAAUGGAUUUUCUUUGUUUCUGGAUCGGCUGCUUUGUCAUUUUUGUCGUCACGUUGACGAUUAUGCUUCUUUUACUGAAUAAUCCUCAGAGGCUCUAACAUUUUUUUUACAAAGGCCAUGUAAGAAUUUUGGUUUAUGACGUUUUCAAUUGUUUCUGUUUCGUAUUGUUAGUGUUUGAGUACUUACAUAAUAUUCAAGUACUUACAAGUCACUAAAUGUCCAAACCGGAUAUUACUUUUAAGGACAAGAAUUAUAUUAUUUGAGUGCUAGUAGUUUAAUAUAAAAUUAAACAAAAUUUCUGAUUAUUGAAUUCACGUGUUUUAAUAAUUUGUUUGACAUGUUGCUGAUGAACGUUGUGACUGAU